CGCGAUUGUCUAUUUUGCAACGAGGUGUUAUAAAACACUUCAAGAACAAAACAGCCAUUGUUGUCUACUUGAUGAGAACGAAAGUACUUGGGAAUCUGAAAUCUCCAAACAAUGCCAGAUAUAUUUCAUACAUUAUUCAAAAUAUCUCAACACUUUUACCCGCAAUUCGGUGUUGACAAGACUGAGUGUUGUGCAUGUGGUUUCGAAAACUUGCAACAUGAUACAGUUUUUUGUUGUGACACUGAUUUUGACAAAUGUUGCUUUUGGAGUUGAGAACAUUGAAGAGUCAGGACAUUUCAACUCACGUUAUAAUCAAGCGAUUGAUGAAUCAGGAUCGGCAAUUUUUUCUAACAAUCCACGAAAUUCUGUAACCAGCAGAGACAGUAGAAUUUUUUCAAGUAAUCCACCUCGGGAGGCAAAUUUAGCGGACAACCAACCAUACCAAAAACUCUCUGAAAGAUACAAAGAGAAGAAAUCUGGAGAAUUCGAGAAUAAUAACCCCAGGAUUCGAGAUUACGAAGCCCUUGCGAAACAUGGAGCUAAGGUUCUCAGAGUACCACCAGAGAAAUUAGGACAGGAUUAUGUGCCUCUUUCCCGCAUACAAAAGAAAAACUACUCGUUCUCCUACAAAGUGGUUAAUGAUUUAACAGGCGACGAUUUUUCACACUCUCAAAUCACGAACUCCAGGACUACCAACGGAGAAUACCGCGUUAAACUUCCAGAUGGCAGGGUGCAGAUUGUGUCAUAUUCGGCAGACAAAAACGGUUAUAAGGCUGAUGUCAAAUACACAGAAAAUGGCGUCGAACGCAAUGAUCACCAAGAAGUCCCGGAUCGAGGAUCGAGCAUUCCCGUCCGCCGAAUUUCGCCCACUCGAAAAUUCCAUCCAUUAAAAACGGAGCGAACGAAUUAUCUCGAUGGAACACAACGCAACUCUGCAAUUGUAAAAUUAAAAGCAGUUGCACCAGCUGCACUCCUGCAACGUUACGACAGCUACGAGAGUUUCGCAGUUAUACCCAGUCCGGCAUAUCCCGAUGAGGCUGUAGCUGUCAGUGGAAAUUUGCAGAUACCAGUCCCAGUCAACGUCCAAAUCUACACUAGCAAUGCUAGAGAUCACAUGACAGGCAGCUACUACCCAGUGGAAACAAGUUCCCCUCCACCGUUUUUCUACGAUGAUUCCAACAAUUAUCAGCAACCAGUCAUGUCACCAGAAAUCAUCACCAAUGGGGAUCAUGGAAUCAUUUCUCCAGGAUCUACACCAUCUUCCUUCGUCCUCACCGAUAAACAUGGCCAAGUUAUCGAUAAUAUAAGAUUGGUUACCACCACUGCAAUACCAGUAGUUUUUGCUUCUAAUCCAGCUACACCCAACGGAAGACAUUUUGUUGGAAUACGAUCCACCGCUGAGGCGUCUUCAAGAUAGAAAUGGAAGUGAGUGAGAAGGUGUAAGGAAGGAAAAAACUAACGGGAUAGUCUAAGUGAUGCCGUGAAUAGACUAUAGAAAUAAAUACUCCAAUGGGUUUUGCAAAAAAUAGGGAUAGAAAAAUCAAAUCAAAUAACCAUAUUUGGGGUAAUUCAGCUGAUAAAGUUUUUGGUUCGUUUCAUUUCCCAAACUAUCGAAUUAACCUGGAACGUUUUGAUUUUAAAUAAUGUAUAUUUUUUACAGAUUUUUAGUCUACAAAAAUUUUAGAUCUUGUUUCUUUAACCAUCAUAUUACCUCACCGAUAUUGGAUGAAAAUCCAUGAUAACGUACUUGUGGAAAACUUCAUUGUGUUUUUUUGCUGAUACGGUGAUCAACAAGUGCUUUUCAGGUCAAAACUUUUUUCACCACCUCCGAAAAAUAUUAACGAGGUGUCUAUCAUUCGAUUCAUAAUAGCGUGUAGAUGAUUUUUGAAAAAAUUCAAGUUUCUCUUACAAAAAUUGUUGAAGUUGUGAACAAUCAG